UUUUAUAACCGCCACGCUUCGCCUUCAGUCUGUAGCCGGACUCCUCCGCCACUCCUCCCCUUCGGGUCCGUCCUUCAUUAAGGGGAGCAGCCCGUCGCCUCCUGCCGCUGCUCAAACGUGGAGGGAAGGACACGAGGAGGGACGCCCGCCGCUGAACGCGCGGCUCUAUUGUUAGUUCAGUAAAAUUUACGGCUUCGCCUGCAUAUUUAGUGCGUUUCACGUCGUCUUCGGGGCCGAAAGGGGCCGACUGUUUGUUUCCUCGGGAGUCUUAACGACGGCUGAAAGCAGGACGUCCUUGUUAAGGAUAAGAGGAACUGACCAUUCACAGGUGUGAGCCCAUAGACGUAGGUAUCGGCAUCAACUCCAGCAGCAUCCACACGUUUCUGAAGUAGGGUAUGAAACCGGAUGGGGUUAGCAUGGAAACCACAGAGCCCAGUGAAGGUGAAGCUACUACUGUAACAGAGCCUUCCUCAUUACAAGAAAACAUAACUGAACAAGCCCCAUCACAGGCAGAUGAUGUAGCAAACGAUACUGCAUUAACAGCUGCUCCAAAGGCCAAUGGCAAACCAGUGGCUGCGCAGGCCAAAGUCAAACCAAAAGCUGGUGGGCCUCAAACAAAGCUUUUGGCCUCUGCUGGGGCUUCCAGCUCACGGCCUGGUACUGCCUCAAAUCGCACUGCGAAUGAUGUCAGAUCCUCCUCCGGUGUUUCUGCUGCUCCAGGCAAGAAGACUGCAGCAACAUCUACAGCAAAAACGUCUUCGUUAGCAGGAGCUGUACCCAAAAGGCCACUGGGUACAUCAGCAGUUUCCACAACAGCCAAGAACCAAACUAGAGUGCCUGACAAGAGGUCUGCUGGACCUGCCAGGACUACCUCUGUUGCUGCUGCCACAGUAACAAAUGGUACCAAACCAUCAGUGAAUGGCACGCCUAAGAAGAAACUUGCAACUGAGACUGUUAAUGGAGCUAAACCCAAAACUACAGCUGUUGCCAGCAGAGCCCCUUCCACUGCUCCAAAAACCAGUGCUUUGACCACAGCUAAAGCUGCUGGUGCUGCUGCAUCAAAAACCACAAGGCCGCCUGCAGGUCUCUCAACUUCUAGACUUACGUCCGCCACAUCCAGGCCUCCCGCAGCUACAACCAAGCUCUCCACCACUCAAACUGCUAAAACUACUGUUUCCAGAGUUAAUACAGCCCCAUCUACUGGCAGGACCACAUCAGCACAGCCUAAACCACCAGCAGCAGCUGCUGCUAAGAAAGAUGUCACUCGACCACCAUUUACUACAGCAGCCAAGAAACCCACAACAGCUGCUACUACCAAAAAACCCGAACCCUCUAAACCCGUGGCCACCGUAAAGGUGAGCACUACAUCUAAAUCAUCCACGACGAAACCAGUAGACUCAAAGGCAUCACAGUUCAAACCACAACAGCCUGCAAAACAUGCCCUCACAAAGAAACCCAUUGCUUCUCAACGAUUACCUGCCACUAGCAGACCACCCUUUGGCCAAACGCCACCUUCCUCUCCAGCCAACAAAGCGGCAAACUGCACGCCCUCUAAAACAAAACGUGGACCCAAACCCACUCAGACUGUCCCACCAUUCUCUGCCUCCAAGAAGAAAGACGUUUCAAACACUACCACAUCUGCUGAAGCGUCAGAGAGUAACGCGGCUGCUGCAGUAGCCGCUACUGCAGCUGCAGUUGCAGCUGGUACUGCAGCAGCAGCUGUGCUAACUGAAACACAAGCAGAGGCCAAAGCAGCCUUACCACAAGAGUCAUCCUUUGCUGCACCAGAGGAGGUGCCUGCCCCAGUUUUGCCUCAGGAGACCACUGCAGAGAUGGCACCUCAAGAGGUCCCUCAAAGCCAAGAAGUGGCUCACUCUCCUCCACCGUGCUCUGAGACAACCUUACUAGAGAAGUCUCCGCUCAAAAAAGAAGUUGAAGGCAGUGCUCCCUUAACAACAACAACAACAACAACAACAGCACAGGAGCCAACCCCUUCUUCAGUCAUGCCUUCAUUAUCACCUGAGGUCUCAACUCCAGACUUGUCAGAAGCGAAUGUUGACUUGUUAACAGACCAGGCCUCCUCUGCAUCUGCAGUCCUUCCAGCAGCGGCAAAUGCUGUCCCUCAGAUAGUCCCUCCGGCCAAUCUAAAUGAGGAAGAAGAUGAAGAGGAGAGGGAGGGAAGCCAGCUGGUUUCUGUGUCUGAAAUGAGUGGAACCACACAGCCCACAGAGGAGUCCCGUCCUGGGUCAGCUGGACUAGUCGGGGGGUCUGCUUGGAGAGCCGGUGGUGCCUUGCUCUCUGAGCUGGACUCUGAGGAGGUGAGCGGCAGUCAGCAGGGUGCAUCUGAACUGAGCGCCCCUGGUGUCCUGGAGGGCACAGAAAGCACUGAUGAUCUGGGAGAUGGUAGUCUCAAAGGAGCCAUUGACAUGGAAGGAGCCUCAGCAGGUUCUCCUGACUUUGAGAAGGUUCCUGACAUACCAGUUAAUGAUUUUGAUGAAGACGAAGAUGACGAUGAGGACGAGAAUGAUCGUGUGAUUGACAUGGAUGUAGGCUCCGAGCGGACAGAUGAACCACCAAGACCCAGGCAUGACAAUGAUGUAGAAGAGGAGGAAGACGAUGAUGUGGAGAUGGCGAGUGAGGGGGUGACUGAAAGUGGGUUAGAAAGCUACGGGAAUGCAGAUGAGGAUGACUUUGCUGAGGAUGAAAGGCUGGACAACUUGAACAGGGUGGCCCAACCACCACCUCCGCCGCCUCUGCUGCCUGCUGCACCAGCUGCUCAGUGGGACCAGCUAAACCCUUUUGCAGAUCCCUGGGCAGAACAUCAACCUCAACAGCAACAGCGGGUUCUUGAGCCUGAGCUGGUAGGAGCAGCUGCAGCAAGCCCUUUAGCAGACCCUUUGCGAGCAGAUUCUGAGACCCCAACUCAGACCUCAGCUCAUGCCUGGCUGGAAAUGGGAUCUGCCCCUUUUGUUCAUGAAAGCCUAGAAGUUCCCCAUCAUUUGUCUAUCAAAGAGGAGCCACAAAAUCUAGAGGGCCAAAUGUACUUUAAUCAGACCAAUACAGCUCCAAUGCAGACUGCGCACCCGCCCCCCCUCUCUGCACCUGGAAUGUCUCUGUCAAGCACCGUUAGCAGUGAGACCAGCACACCUGAGGAACUGGGGGACUAUAACCGAGACGUAAAGCUCCAGCCGCAAAGUUCACAAACCCCAGUGCUUUCUCCACAGCCUGAUCUGGAGGGAGGAGAUGAGGAGGAAACUGAGCCAGAGACCCUCCCUGCUGAUGAAGUUUUGGGAGGCCCUGCAACUGCCCCAACCUCCAACCCAUCCUCAUCCUCAGUAACAGAAGAUGAGGCCAGUGACACAGAAGGAGAAGCUCAGCUGGAUGAUUCCUUGGAGACGCCACUAGUCGCCAACAUAACCUUUGACAGCCAGCCUUCAGCCCAGCGCUGCCUGUCCACUGUGGAAGAGGGAGAGGAGGCUGAGACGGAGACGGAGGGCCGUGCAGGGGAAGACACCACUCCACCCUCGGCUACUUCACUGGCAUCCUAUGGCUUCGACACAAUCACCACAACUUCAAACUCCAACGCUCAGUCCACAGGGGAGAACUGUAUCAAAAGCCCUGGUAUUUUCUCCUUGGAGGAGCUGCCCGAGGAAGCCAAGGAGUCCUGUUUGAUCCCACAACCCUGUCUCGCAGAGCAGCAGUACAUAGAGUGUGGGAAGCAGGAAGGAGAGUCGGCUCAUCAUGUCAGAGAGGAAGCGCCGGGGUCAGAAGAAGCGCCAGAUCGUUCAUCCACUCACCGUUUACAGCAACCAGAGGAAAACCUGGAUGAUGCCCAGCCUCCAUACUAUUCUGCUGUGUGUGAUAAAACUGAGGACUCUUUUGCAGGCUUCACUGCACUACCGCACCCUCACCGCCGCGAUCACGCAGCAUACACCAGAGCCUACUAUGACAUUAUCAAACCUCACAGCGCCGGCGUUACCCCACCGAGGCUGACCUGUGCCGACCUCCCUCCCAGGAGCCUUGGGCAGCAGGCGCUGAGCCCUCAGCUCCGCAGGCUGGAGCAACAUCAGAGACAGCUGCAGGAGCUGCAACAACGUAGGGAACAACAGAGCAAACCACUUGAGGAGGCGGAGCAGGAGAGGAAGAGGAGGCAGGAAGAGGAGCAGAGAAGGAAGAAAGAGGAAGCUGAAGAAGAAAUAAAGCGCAAUAAAGAGGAGGAGGAAAGGCGGAUAAAGGAGCAAGCAGAGGCAGCCAAGAAAGAGGAGGAGGAGCUUAGACAGAGGAGAGACCUGGAGCUGCAGCUGCAGCAGCAACAAGAGGAGCUGAAGCAAAGGCAGCAAAUCAUGCAGUGGCAGCAGGAGCUACAGCAGUCUAACAAAGGUCAGACGGUGUUGCUGUCCCCCUCCUCUGCCCUCUGCACCAUCUACGAAGCCCUGGAGAACACUGAUGAAGAGGAAGUGGAUGGUGAGGAAGAAAUAAAGGAGCUAAAACCCACUAAACACAAGGAACCUAAGCAAAAGGACGUUCUCCAUCCUUCCCAGGAUGGAGAAAGUUCCUCCCCUUCCCAGUCUCCAGAGCGGCCUCCACCCUUGGACCUGGACUGGGGGAAGAAAGUGGACAUAGUCCAACAGCUGAUUAAUCAGACCCUGCUACUGAAUGGAGAUAGUUGCUCCUCGCUGCUGUUGUUGCCAGGAGGUGCAGGAGGCACACUGAGCCCCCUGGAGAGCAGCAUGUGGCCCAGUCUGCUGCCUUCACUUGCUCCUCCCUCUGCCACGGUCACCUCUGUGAGUAGUUUCUCCCCCGAGGCCACGGGCAGUUCGCCACAGGGGGAGUGGACGGUGGUAGAGCUGGAGACUCACCACUGAAGGACCAGUGGUGAGUCCUUCAGUGGUGACACAUUCAUACAGGGAACGUGACACAAGUCCUGCCAGUUUAUGCACACACCACAGGGUGACAAACAGUCUACUGUAUAAACUCCCGAUAUUCACUCCUGGAGAAGAGCCGUAUGGAUUGAGGUAAACAUUUUGGGCUGGGCAUCAUCAAUAUUACAUAAUCUGAUAGGGAACAUAAAUGAGAUCACACUUCUAAAGUCACAAUUUUCAGAGUACAUGAAGGGAUCACAAAGGCAAAUUGUAUUACUCUGCCCAGACCCAUGAUCAUGUGGUGCUGUAGAUCAGUGGUUCCCAACCAGGGUGGCGAAUGACUUUGUUCCAUGCACUCUUUAUUUUUUUAGACUUUCUUUGAAUCUUGUUUUUCUUCCAAACUACUGAGUAUGUCUACUUACUGGGGGCUUUGAAAGCAGCUAAAAUUCAGAGCUGUGGCAAAAAGUGACCAAUGUUAUUUUUAAGAGAUUGUAAGUCCAAAAAAGUUUGGAACCACUGCCCCGAGUUAAUUUCAGAGAUGAUGGUUUUUCUUCCUGUACUGUGAAAACAAGCACAAACAAAACUGUUACCAAUGUUUGGUGGUGCUACAGUUGAAUUAUUGGCUGGUUCUCAAAACACGUUGCUGUUAAUUAAUGCAAAAAAGUUAAUGGAGUAAGACUCUCAGGCAGUAUUCAAGAUAGUAAAUUAAACUAAAUGGACUGAAAAGGUAAAACGUCUUUAGGUAAAUAUUUAAAAUUCUUCUCUGUGAGUAGGAAAAAUGUUCAUUGCCAACAGUAUAAAGAGAAAUGUAUCCAUAGCAUCAAUCGCCGUAUGUUUGGUCGUAUUUCUAUGCUCGUUUAUUUUUACUAUUCUGAAUGAGAAAAUGGAUCAGAUUAGAGCCCGAGCUGAUAAAUGUUUGUCCAGAAGACUGACUUCCCUGAUGGAAGCACAUUUGAAAUGCCACAAGCAGCAACCAGCUGAUCUGAGCAGAGUGUAAAAGGAACAUUUUAAACAGCAUUGUCAUAUUUUCUUAGCAAGGACAAUUUUAAAGAAAACAGUUUCAUGUGUCUGAAACAAACAAACAAACAAACAAAAAAAAUCAACCAAUGUCGAAUUUUUGAAUUGCCAAACAUUAGUCUUAAAAUUCUAAAUCAGUCAGGCUUGCUUCAGUGAUAUUCAAACCUGAUUUUUAGGUCUGCUUUAGCGUGCAUGCAAAAUCAGGCUAGACUGAAGAACAGGACCUGAGCUGUGACACCGCCUGAGAGCCUUCGCUGAAAGCCUCACUCUGCAGGCGAAGAACCUGAGCUUCAUCUCUGCCGAUGAAACUCAAGCAGAUGAGCACAACCUGACGCCGCACGCUGAAACUCAGUACCUCUCUUACCUCUCGCACAACUCUAAACACCAACUUUACACACUAGAACAUCACACACCUGAAACCAUACGAUCACUAACAGACUCCCAUCAUGCACCACAUCUAUUGACUGACAGGGUGGAACUGGACACUGUUGCUGAAUCUCUGUACUCGUGCACAGACAGUGCCAAACAGCAACUGCUGAUCCCAGUAAGGCAAACUGUUCCUCACUUGAACCCGCGAUUUUUGUUGUGUGGGUGUUUUUGUUUUGUUUUGGUUUUUUUUUUUUUUUUAAAUCAAAGCCAUACCUGUUAAUUUGUUUGUGUUUACAUGCAUCAUCAUCACUUUAGGUAAAAGUGGGAACACACUCAGAUUGCACUUAAUGCAAUUCCUUAUAGUAUUUAAAAUUUUUACCCGUUCAAAUCUAGUUAUUCUUGAGGCCUAGACGUCUCCGUUGUCCCAUUUUAAUGUAAGUUAUUCCAUACUGAGGUCAAAGAAAUCGUUAGAUUAGGAAAUGAUGUCAGUCUGAGCUGCUCAGAUCGCAGUUCCUCACCAAAGGUCAGUACAACCUGUGGUCUGUGCAACCCUUUUGAAACACUGGAAUCAGGUUUUAGUAAGCUUGUGUUCUUAUUAUUAUUAUUAUUAUUAUUAUUAUUAUUAUUAUUAUUAUUAUUAUUAUUAUUAUUAUUAUUGUUUAGAAUGGACAGAACUGGUUAGUGUUUAAAUGCUUUUGCAGGAUCUGUAGCCCAACGUUAUAUUUAAAUAGUCUUCCUUAGGUUCUCAUACUUGCGUUGCUUCAGUGACAGACUGCAUGACUUAAGGCCAGCUGUCAGAUGCAGAUUCAACGCAACCACUGAGCUCUGGGUUUAACCGACACUGCUGUGAGGUGCGAGGAGAUGUUUAAAAGACUGGACGCAGCUUAUUCUGGGUGUUAACUGUUGAAACUGUGAGCUGCAGUAUGAAGAGUGCGUGUUGUUAUAUCCGUGCCGUAUGUUGAUGUCCAUUUGUGUUUAAUGGGAUUCUGCUUCUAGUUGUGAAUCUAAAUGGAGGGCUCAUAAAUCUGGUACUCGUCCCCCCCCCCUCGCCCCCUCCCCUCCAUCCACAUCCUGUUGAGUCAGUUCUUGGCUCGCUGCCUUGGCCUUUCCGCUGUGGAUCAGUGGCAUAAAGACUGAAUUGUGUUUGAUAAUGGAAUUCAAAGCAGGGACCCGAAUAUUAAACCGCAGACUGAGACUCUAUGUUCGGUACUUUUGCCCUUUCCCACGAUUGGCUCCAGCAGAUAGUCCUCCACAUGUUCGAGCGUAUUCUAAAGUUUUCAUUCCUGCAGCUCCAGGCGGGGAACACGUGGCGCUCAGUAUUUUUUUUUUUUUUUUUUUUUUUUUUUUUUUAUGUCCUUGGUGUGUUUUCAAGUAUUUGCGGGUAUAUCAUUAAAGACUGAUCACUGUAAUGAAGGGAUACUCCACUUUACUUUUGUACUUCAGAGUUUUAGAGUUAUAGUAGCAGUUUAAGAGUUAUAUUUAGAUUUUUAUUGAAUAGAGAAUGAAAGAUGUUGAGUGUAAAUGGUAGAUUUUAUUCUUUCUAAGUAAAUUGCCUUUCUUCAUGUUCAACCAACAGAACUAAUGAGCUGAAUGGUUACAAGGUCAAACUGAACACAUUUCAUUAUUUACUUAGGCUCAGAGUCCGUCGGUCUCUCAUUUGCUUUGUAAUUUAUUGAAAAUGAAGCCUGUGCGUGCGCUCCUUUUAAUGUCUUUAUGAACCGGGUGAAAUGAACCGAAUCGGGCCGUCUCGCUCGAGGCCCCACCGUGGCAGCUUGUUCUGAAGUGUAACAUUUUUGUUCAUUUCUGUAGACAAAUCUGUGAUUGUGUGUAAUUAUUACAAUGCAAUGUUUCAUGUAAAUAAAAUGUUUUUUUU